AUGGACUCCUCCUGGGACCCCUACACCCAGACUUUCAACCUGACUCGCGUUGACGGCGACAUCGUCACCGUCGCCCUAGACACGGUCAACGAUUUCAAUAUCCAAAACAUCAAAUGGGCGACCAUCUUUGCCGUUCAAAUUGGCGCGGCUGGUGUUCUUCUGGCAAUCCUUAGUGCCCUGGCCAAACCUAGGAAGCGCCACGCAAUAUUUUACCUCAAUCUACUAUCCCUGGUUCUUGCCAUCAUUCGCGGAGCCUUUGCAAUUGAGUAUAUCUUAGGACCAUGGAACAACACAUACAGAUAUUUCACGCUGGACUUCUCGACAAUACCAUCAAGCUCAACGGCGAAGAGUAUUUCGCAGGCGUUCUUGCAGUUGACCAUGAUAAUUUCUAUUAUGGUGUCGUUGGUACUACAAAUGCGCGCGGCGUAUGAGGGGACACCAUUUAUAAAGAAAGUAGCAACAGCAGUGUCGGGUGCAGUGGCCGCCGUGGUGCUGGGUUUCUAUAUAAAGGUUGUGCAAGAGAGCGUUUCUGUAAUCCUGAAUGCGGGGUCGUAUAGUAGCACUACGCAUGAUCAUGCGAGGCUCUUGUUUACGCUAUCAAUAUUCUUCUUUACCAUAUUGUUUCUGGUAAAGCUGGCAGACGCAAUUAUCCAGCGCCGAAAGAUGGGAAUGAAAAACUUUGGACCGCUCCAGAUUGUGUUUAUUAUGGGAUGCCAGUGUAUGCUGAUUCCUGCUAUUUUCUGUGUUCUGGAACGUUUUGUCGACUUUGAUGGGAUGUACUCGUUCACGGUGUUCUUCGUUGUCAUCUCUCUGCCCAUGUCGUCGAUAUGGGCUGCUUCUGAUGGGAAAAACUCACGCGCGCAGCAACAGCAGCAGUCGUCAACGAGACCGUCGCUUUUUUCCCACAGUUAUCGGAGCAAGAUGAGUACUAUGGCUACCAACAGCUCUGAUGGGGGCACUGACCUGGAGAAAGGUACUGCUGUGAGGGUUGAGAGGGGGUACAGCGUCGAUUGUAUUAAGGAAAUUCCUUAG